GAUCAGAGGAUGGGGCGUCUCCUCCGGUCACGAUGGUGCAGAACGCCGCUGACUUGUGGCAAAUCAUUGCUAAUUCCUCCACGAAGAAAGACAUAGUCAGUACUGGCAGUGGACCGACACCGAGGCUCCAGACCGACGUCUCUUCAUUCCCCCCUGUGAUCUCGGAAGAUGUCAGCGCUGGUCGGGAAGGAGAGUGUCACGACGUGUCGGAACCGAAAGGGAAGUGGUCGUUGUUGGCUUGUGGGGAAUCUACCCAGGGUACGAUGGUCAAACAUCAUCACUGCGCUCACCAGCAAGGGGUUCCCGCCGCAGUCAAG